UGGCGUUCGGGCGAGGCCUGCAGCUGGCGGGGUGCGGAUGGCGAGGGAGGGAUGCAAGGGUGGGCACUGUGGAGUGCGAGAGGUCCCGCGAACUGGGGUCGCUUCAUACAGGAUCCCUUCAUAUUUGGGCUCAGGUCCCUCAUACGGGGAUCCCUGUUGUAUGGGCUUCUUCGCGUCGGGCGUCGGGCUGGCACCCUCGCCCACUUCUAGCGUCUUAGUCCGUGCCCCCGUGCCUCCAGAGGUGGUGCGAGGCAAGCGCGCAGCCCUCUUCUUCGCGGCGGUGGCUAUCGUGCUGGGAUUGCCGCUCUGGUGGAAGACCACGGAGACCUACCGGGCCCCGUUGCCUUACUCCCAGAUCAGUGGGCUGAACGCCCUGCAGCUUCGGCUCAUGGUGCCCGUCACUGUCGUGUUUACCCGGGAGUCAGUGCCAUUGGACGACCAGGAGAAGCUGCCCUUCACUGUUGUGCAUGAGAGAGAGAUCCCUCUGAAAUACAAAAUGAAAAUCAAAUGCCGUUUCCAGAAGGCCUAUCGGAGGGCUUUGGACCAUGAGGAGGAGGCCCUGUCGUUGGGCAGUAUCCAAGAGACAGAAACCAUGUUAGCUGAGCCGCAGGAGCAAGCAGAGGGCUCCCUGACUGUGUACGUGAUCUCUGAACACUCCCCACUUCUCCCCCAGGACGUGAUGAGUUACAUUGGGCCAAAGAGGACAGCAGUUGUGCGGGGGAUAAUGCACCGGGAGGCCUUCAACAUCAUUGGCCGCCGCAUAAUCCACAUAGCCCAGGCUAUGUCUUUGACUGGGGAUGUGCUUGCUGCAGCGCUGGCUGACCACCUUCCAGAGGACAAGUGGAGCUCUGAUAAGAGGCGGCCUCUCAAGUCCAGCUUGGGCUAUGAGAUCACCUUCAGUUUACUCAACCCCGACCCCAAGUCCCAUGACGUCCGCUGGGACAUUGAGGGGGCUGUCCGGCGCUACGUGCAGCCCUUCCUGAAUGCCCUCAGUGCUGCGGGCAACUUCUCUGUGGACUCGCAGAUCCUUUACUAUGCAGUGUUAGGGGUGAAUCCCCGCUUUGACCCGGUGUCCUCCAGCUACUACUUGGCCACACACAGCCUCCCGCAUGUCAUCAACCCAGUGGAGUCCCGGCUGGGAUCCAGUGCUGCAUCCCUUUACCCUGUGCUCAACUUUCUACUCUAUGUACCUGAGCUUGCUCACUCACCGCUGUACAUUCAAGACAAGGAUGGCGCUCCAGUGGCCACCAAUGCCUUCCACAGUCCCCGCUGGGGUGGUAUUAUGGUAUACAAUGUGGACCCCAAAGCCUACAAUGCCUCAGAGCUGCCGGUGCAAGUUGAGGUGGACAUGGUGCGCGUGAUGGAGGUGUUCCUGGCUCAGCUGCGGCUGCUCUUCGGGAUUGCUCAGCCCCAGGUGCCUCCCAAAUGCCUGUUUUCAGGGCCUCAAAGUGAGGGGCUAACAAUGUGGGAGCUAGAUCGGCUGCUCUGGGCUCGGUCAGUGGAGAACCUGGCUACAGUCACCACCACUCUCACUUCCCUGGCCCAGCUUCUGGGCAAGAUCAGCAACAUUGUCAUCAAGGAUGAUGUGGCGUCUGAGGUGUACAGGGCUGUAGCUGCAGUCCAGAGGGCGGCAGAGGAGCUGGCCUCUGGGCACCUAGCCUCUGCCUUCAUUGCCAGCCAGGAAGCUGUGACAUCCUCGGAGCGUGCCUUUUUUGAUCCCUCACUCCUCCACCUCCUCUAUUUCCCUGAUGACCAGAAGUUUGCCAUCUACAUCCCACUCUUCCUGCCUAUGGCUGUGCCCAUCUUCCUGUCCUUGAUCAAGAUCUUCCUGGAGACCCGCAAGUCCUGGAAAAAGCCUGAGAAGAUAGACUGAGCAGGAAAGCAUCUCAGUGGGAAGACUUCCUUUCUGUCAGGGGGUGAGGUGUUGGCUUAAGAGGUGCAUAAAUGGGGCGUAUGACUGCUGACUUGUUCAUCUCCAGCCUGUGUUGUCUCUCCAGCAACCAAAGUGUAAUGCUCCAAGAUGGGCUCAUCUUUUCUUCCCUCCCACUCUCUGGCUAGGGACAGACACCCCACCCUUCAUGCUUCCCCUCAGCCCCCUGCCCCCAAAGACACAUCUAGGUCUCCCUUCUCCAGCUUGAACUGCUUGAACUUGAAGGUCUUUUCCUGUCUCCUUUGCUGGCAGGGGCAGCUUACUGUGCUUCUGCCCUGUCCUCACAGUCCUGUUGCACUGAGAGGGAGCAUUGGGGGAAAACCCCAGGUUGGAUUCUAGCCCCCACCCCUCCAUGCUUCCUCUAACCCCUUGGGGAGCACCCUAACCCUGCUGUCAUGAAAAGGGCCAGGCAUGGGUCACCUCUGGGGCCUGCUCCCUUCUUCCCCUCCCUGCUGGCUGACUACGCCUGUUGGUUACAGCCCGCUGCUGUGUGUGACAUGAAGAGGUUCCUUUACCCUUUCAUAGAGGCAGUGUGGUACAGUGGGGAAAGUUGUGGACGUGGGAUUAAACAUGCCUGAAUUCAAACCCUUGCUUCUGCAUUUAUCAUCUGGGGAACUUUUUCUUUAUUUAUUUUGAUUUUUAAUUUUUAUUUUUUCUGUCAUCUGGAGAACUUCAGAUAAGCCACUUAGUCUCUCCAAGCCUCAGGUUUUCAUUUGUUAAAAUAGCACUAAUGAUACCUCUCUACAGGGUGGUUGUGAUCACAGAUUAAAUGUUGUAAGCAUAUUUAAGUGGCAUAUUUUAGCUAUCAAUAAACAUUGACUGAAUGUGAAGUGGAAUGACAUGAAA